CAAUAAGCGAUAUUUGUAAUGAAAAUGUAAAUCGUUCAGUUCUAAGUGAAUUAGAAACCAAUUCUAGGGUCAUAACACCGAUGGAAAUAUCUCCGGUUCCUAUAAAAAAAACGAAGCCUUCCAAUCGUGGCAGGCCAGCAGGAAAGUCCACGUUAAUAACAACUUCGCCUUAUAAAAAAUCUUUACAAAUUUCGUUGGAGAAAGCAUCGGAAAAAGAAUCUCUGAGAAAAACCAACAGACGACAGGAUAUUGAUUCGAAUGAACCCAGCUCUUCCAAGGGAAUUAUCAAAAAACUAAAUUUUGCAAAAGAAAAGUGUACAGAACCCAAAAAACACCAAGAUAAUCCUAGUCAACCCAGCACUUCCAAAGCACUUAUGAAAUCAAUAAAUUCAGCAAGAGAAAAAUGUUCAGGAAAAAGGAAGAAAACAAAUUCCUCAUCCUCUUCGGACUUGGAUGACAAUUACAGAGUCCGGGACGAAUCUGACGGUGAAAUUUUAGAAUUUGUAAACGCCGGUGAGAAAGAGGAUUCGAAAUGCCUAUAUUUCUCUACGUUUUAUUCGGAAGAUCGGUCUGGUGAAAUAUGGGUUCAAUGUGUCUCUUGCAAAAAUUGGAGCCAUGAGGAAUGUGCUGGUUGUGAACAAGAUCUCUUUAUAUGCGACAUGUGUACACAAUAAUCACUUCGGCUAAUAUGGACUACCUGGUCCAUAUUACCCCCCAAUAUUUUUUUUUCGCGUUUCUGGGUAUUUUUACGUUUUUUUAGUUUAUAAUAUAUUUU